ACGUAAUGCGCCCUCUGGACGCUUGGCAGCCUACUAAUGGCAACAAUAGAGCAUUAUUAAGUCGCGGUGCGAAAAGUAGGGGCUUUAAUUUUAAAUUCGUCAUGAGGCUUGUCUCGACAAACUACAGAGCGCUAGCCCACUUCAGAUACGCAUACUAGAAUGGACUAUAACCGACGACAGAUUCCUAGCGGUAUAUCUGCCGGUCUCUUCAGCUGCUGUUGUGUCCACUGCUGCACUCGAAUUCGGUUUCCCUGCUCUGACUGCAGAUACAAGAGCUAACAAACGGAGCCAGCCCAAACAGCUGCCUACCUCCAGUAGAAAUCAGAUGCGGUGUGCGGGGAGCGCUUUAUCGAAAGGCCUUUUCGUUUCAGACCUUAAGCGGACAUCGGAGAGGUUCUUUGUUGUUGCCAUUCGUUUAAAUGAUUUACCGUGGAAUGGAGUAAUUUGUGCAAGAGGAACGACAUUAAGCAGUUUAUGUGCGUGUGAUGAUAGGAGACACAAUGACGCUGUUGUCUCUUUUAGGUCGGAUCAUGCGUUAUUUCUUACUCAGGCCAGAGACCUUGUUUUUGUUAUGCAUAAGCUUGGCUUUGUGGAGUUACUUCUUCCAUACGGAUGAAGUGAAGACCAUUGUGAAAUCCAGCCGUGAUGCUGUGAAAAUGGUUAAGGGGAAAGUGGCAGAGAUCAUGCUUAACGAUAGACUUGGAGGUCUGGAUGUCGCAGAUGCUGAAUUUUCUAAAACCUGGGAGUUCAAAAACAACAAUGUAGCAGUGUACUCCAUCCAGGGCAGGAGAGACCACAUGGAAGACCGCUUCGAAGUACUCACAGACAUUGUUAAUAAAAGUCACCCGUCCAUAUUUGGGAUAUUCGACGGUCAUGGUGGAGAGUCGGCUGCAGACUUUGUGAAGGCGCACCUGCCCGAGGCGCUCCGGCAGCAGCUGCUGGCCUACGAGAGGGAGAAGAGGGAGAGCCAGCUCUCUUACCCCGCUAUCUUGGAGCAGCGCAUCCUGGCCGUGGACCGUGACAUGGUGGAGAAGUUUUCCGCCUCCCAUGACGAAGCAGGUACGACGUGUUUGGUGGCCUUACUCUCUGAUAGAGAGCUGACAGUAGCUAAUGUUGGGGACUCCAGGGGUGUUAUUUGCGAUAAAGAUGGAAAUGCAAUUGCACUGUCACAUGACCACAAGCCCUACCAGCUCAAGGAGCGCAAGAGGAUCAAGAGAGCAGGUGGAUUUAUCAGUUUCAAUGGCUCCUGGCGUGUCCAGGGCAUCCUAGCCAUGUCACGCUCCCUGGGAGACUACCCACUCAAGAACCUCAACGUGGUUAUCCCUGACCCUGAUGUGCUGACCUUUGACCUGGACAAGAUCCAACCUGAGUUCAUGAUCCUAGCCUCAGAUGGACUGUGGGAUGCCUUCAGCAAUGAGGAAGCCGUGCGCUUUGUGCGGGAGCGUCUUGACGAGCCACACUUUGGGGCCAAGAGCAUUGUGCUGCAGUCGUUUUACCGAGGUUGCCCAGAUAACAUCACUGUCAUGGUGGUCAAGUUUAAGAGCGGGCCUAGCGGCAGGGCGGCAGAAUAGACUCAGUUUUGAGUUUUGAUGGGGGAGAGGACAUCUGCAUUGAGUUCCCACAGACUCUUUACCUUACUAAUGGGUACAGUGUUAUGUACUGACAUACAUAUCUUAAACACUGUUAUUUAUGAAAAAUUUUGUUUUUCGUAAUGACUUGUGAAAUGAACACAAUUUUGUGUUUUUAGAGUCCCUGUCUGAGAUGUUAUUAUUAUGCAUCAACAAGUUCAUAGUCACUGGAAUUUCUGGAAAAAAGAGAAAAGAAAACAAUGGAAGGGUUUUUAUUUUUUUUUUACCUAUUCAUUCAGGUGUACCAGGUACUGUUUACUAAUUAUAAUGGCACUGCAUAUUAUUCAAACGCCAGGUAGUUAUGGCACUGAUAUAAUCCUGGGAAAUGCAUUUUUCUCUUUUUGUUUCCUGAACUAAGUAACUUAAUGUAAUCACACAAUGCCUGUGCUUACAGCCCAAUCUCCCAUUUGUCUACUAACUGACAGAAUAUGACUCAAUCUGCAUGGCAUCCUAUACUAAGGAGGUUCUGUGGAUAACUGUUGUAGUAUGACUUACCAAGCACAAUGGCCAUAAUAGGCGCUUGAUAAUGUUAGGUGCUUUGUGAUAUUGAUUUUGUUAAUAUAUUACAGGAACAUCUGAGGUAUCUGAACUGGUCACAAAUGGUAGCACAGUCAAUUGACCAGCUUUGCUAAUUGUAUCCUACUGUUGUUAAUGUCUACUGCUUUGUUAUGUCACUCCUAUUAUUUAGUGGUAGAUGUAGCCUUACUGUAUGUUAUGCUAUUUUGUGGCCUUUUCCCUUUGCCAAUAAGGUCAUUGCCAAAUAAUAUGUGCAUAUAUCAUUCAAAACAGAUGUUACGUAAAAAAAUGCAAUGUACAAAAUGCCAUCCUCUCCCCUUGCAUGUUACAUUCAAAGCAGCUGAAUCAUUUACCAUGAAAUACAAGAAAGGCCUAUGAAAUUCCAAGGGAGCAAAAUGCCUGAUUAUAGUGUUUCCACACCGCUAUAAUCGUUGCUGCUAUUCAUUUGUGUGGUCAUGAUUGACAA